UGACAUCAUAUCCGUUGAAUGGGAGGGAGUAUGUAUAUGUUUAACUAUGUGAACAUAUGAAAAGGAAAGAUUAUAAGGAAAUCUACUAAAAUGUUUUUAUCUCUGGAAAAUGGGAUCAUAGACAUAUUUAUUUUCAUCUUCAUAUUUUUCAAAUUUUAUACAAUGAUCAUUUUUCUUUUAUAAGACAAGUUCUUUCAACUGUAAUAAGAUGAUGUGAGGCAUCAGGUGAACAUGCUUAGUAGAAGUAAAGGGAGAGGGCUGCCUCUUUUGUCUUUCAUUGGAGAUUGCAAAAUAGGAUGAACUUCCUCUAUCGGAGUGUGAUAGUUCCAAAUAGAAAAAAGAAUGGAUAAUAUUCCUGCUUAAGUAUGAUGACACCCCUCUUCUUCUCACCAAUCUCAUCUAUUUUUUUCUUUCUUUUCAAGAUUCCUGAGAUGAAGGCGACCUAAAUUCUGAGCCUCUGAACUCCAUGGCAGACUCAUUCUCCCGCAGCAAUUGUGCGGACACCGAGGACUGCAGCUCUGAAUCAAACCUGAGCCUCUCUGUGGGUUAUUACCCUGAUGAGGACACCUCCUACGAGAACACACUCUCCUGUGAAGACACAUCUCUCAAGGGUCCUUCAACCUAUUCUGUCCCUCCUUUCCAAGGGUCAUGGCAGACUGAAAGUAUACGGAGACUCCUGGAGAGACAAGACCAAAUUUGGGAUGCCCCAGAGCAAUUUUGCAAACUCAGCAGCACCCUGGCCUGGGAUGUUGAUACGGGCUGUAACCAUUCCGACUCAGUCAUUAGUUGGGAUCUACAUGGAGACAACCAGUGGAUAGACAAGUACCCCAAAGGGAAGACACAAUUGGCUCUCAGCAAACUGGAUGGGCUUGUGCAAAGGCUUGAGGAAUUUCUAGAAAAUCAGAAAGAUGAUGAAGAUGAUGAAUCUGUGUUCCCUAGAUCUGCUCAAAAGGAAGAUUUCCAGCUGUACAGCAGCACCCCUCCAGAUAUGGCUCAGGUCACUCAUCAAGAACAUGAUACUUAUCAAGACGUGCCCAUGUUCAACCCACCAGAAAAAGAAGAUGUCACCCAGUUUCCACAGAUUCCUUCAAGGCUUCAGGAGCAUGAACUUGCUGAGGUGAGACAGAGGCAAGCAGGGGAGAGGCCUGGUGGAGGGGCUGGGGUGGAACACAGGGAGCACUGCUACCUGCUACGAAGCAGGGCAGGCCCUCUGGGUGUAUGACAUGACCAGGAGUGAGAGAAGGGUGACAGCGAGGGUGGAAUUGAAGGGAAAAUACCAAAGACCACUGAGGGAGAGAAGAUAGGAAAGCAAAGAAAAGGCUAACAAUUAUGAGCCAAAAAACUGUGUGUCUGUAUUAAUGAGUAUGGAAACUUUGCAUUUACAGUUGGGUUCUUUUUGGUAGAAGGACUGGAGUCCCAUGAAUGGGCAAAUAUGGACCCCAGGUUGUCCAGGCUACACACAUCUCACCUC